AUGGUCAACGAAGCACUCAGACGGCGCAUACCUCCGCCAAGGAUAAAAAUACCAUUAAAAACACCACCAAAGAAUACCACCAAAGAAAACCACCAAAGAACACCACCAAAGAAUACCACCAAAGAACACCACCAAAGAACACCACCAAAGAAUACCACCAAAGAACACCACCAAAGAAAACCACCAAAGAACACCAAAAAACACCACCAAAGAAUACCACCAAAGAACACCACCAAAGAAUACCACCACCAAAUAUACCACCAAAGAAUACCACCAAAGAAUACCACCAAAAAUACCACCGAAGAAUACCACAAAGAACACCAAAGAACACCACCAAAGAUACACCAAAAAUACCACCGAAGAAUACCACCAAAGAAACACCACCAAAAUACCAGAAGAACCACCAAAGACACCACCAAAGAACACCACCAAAAACCACCAAAGCCACAAAGAACACCACCAAAGGCACCAAAGAAUACCACCAAAAAAACCACCAGAAUACCACCAAAGAAAACCACCAAAGAACACCACCAAAGAACCACCACCAAAGAAAACCACCAAAGAAAACCACCAAAGAACACCACCAAAGAAUACCACCAAAAACACCAAAACACCACCAAAGAAAACCACCAAAGAACACCACCAAAAAAACACCAAAGAAACCACCAAAGAAUCACCAAAGAACACCCACCAAAGAAACCACCAAAGAAUACCACCAAAGAACACCACCAAAGAAUACCACCAAAGACACCAAAAACACCACAAAAGAACACCACCAAAGAAACCACAAAGAAUACCACCAAAGAAUAUACCACCGAAGAAUACCACCAAAGAAACACACCAAAGAACACCAAAGACCACCGACCACCAAAAACACCACCAAAGAAUACCACCAAAGAACACCACAAAGAAUACCCACCAAAGAAUACCACCAAGAAACACCACCAAGAACACCACCAAAGAACACCACCAAAAGACCACCCACCAAAGAAAACCCAAAGAAACACCAAAGAAUAA